AUAUUGGCCCGGAAUACAAGCGCCAGUAAGGCUGGCGGCUAGGCUCUGCGCGGGACGACCUUUGUGCGGGGCAGGUUCCUGGCACCCCAGAGCUCAGACUCGCUGCGGUCGCGGAACCAAGCGUCCCGGAGGCCGCGCUGGUGUCGGGGCACCGCCGCCAUGGACAUCCCGCCUCUGGCCGGCAAGACCGCUGCGAUGUCUCUUGGCGCCCUGCCAGUGUCCUACGCGCUCAACCACAUCUCGGCGCUCUCACAGCCUUUGUGCGCAGUGCUGAUGAGUGCGCUGAUACUUGGUCUGCUCUUCAUGGCCGUCUACAGCCUAUCUCAUGGGGAGAUCACCUAUGACCCUCUCUAUGCUGUCUUCGAGAUCUUCUCCUUCACCUCGGUGGUGGACCUUGUCAUUGCACUCCAAGAAGAUGGCUACAUGAUGGGCUUUAUGGAUUUCUACACCAAGGAGGGUGAGCCCUACCUACGCACAGCACAUGGCAUCUUCAUCUGCUACUGGGAUGGUACUGUGCACUACCUACUUUAUCUGGCCAUGGCUGGUGCCAUCCGCAAAAGGAAAAGGUACCGGAACCUUGGGCUCUACUGGCUGGGGUCCUUCGCCAUGAGCCUCCUGGUGUUCCUCCCAGGAAACAUCCUUGGUAAAUACAGUUCAGAGAUCAGACCUGCCUUCUUCCUAGCCAUCCUAUACAUGCUGGUCCCAUGCUGGGCUGGUGUGAGGAUCUUCAGCCAGUGUUGUGCACCCCCCUCCUGCACCCCUGACAUGGUACAGGAGGAGCAGAACAAAGGCCUUCUCCAGCGCCCAGCUGACCUGAUACUCGUUGUGUAUCUCAUCCUGGCUGCGUUCUUCACGCUCUUCCGGGGCCUGGUGGUACUUGACUGUCCCACAGACGCCUGCUUCAUCUACAUUUACCAAUAUGAGCCAUACCUGCGGGACCCUGUGGUCUACCCAAAGUUGCAGGCAGACGCCGGGAUUGCACGGCCCUCUGGACCAGCUGGCCAGAACGUUGUGCGCGUGCGCAGUCGGGAAGCUACGGGCCGCUCAGCGGGGGCCGCGACCAGGAUGGCGUGCGCUCCGGCGGCCCUCCGUCCCCGCGCGCUCUGGGCCGUCGCCUGGGGACUCCUGCUGCUGGUCCCGGUUCCUGCCGGGGCGCAGCGUGGUAGGAAGAAAGUCGUGCACGUGCUGGAGGGCGAUUCCGGCUCUGUGGUGGUGCAGACGGCGCCCGGGCAGGUGGUGAGCCACCGCGGUGGCACCAUCGUCUUACCCUGCCGUUACCAUUACGAGGCGUCCGCCCACGGCCAAGACGGCGUCCGCCUCAAGUGGACGAAGGUAGUAGAUCCUUUGGCCUUCGCCGAUGUCUUCGUGGCUCUGGGUCCCGAGCACCGAGCCUUCGGCCCCUACCGAGGGCGGGCUGAGCUGCAGAACGACGGCCCUGGGGACGCCUCCCUGGUCCUCCGAAAUGUCACCCUGCAGGACUAUGGACGCUAUGAGUGCGAGGUCACCAAUGAGUUAGAGGAUGACGCCGGCAUGGUCAAGCUGGACCUGGAAGGCGUGGUCUUCCCUUAUCACCCGCGUGGAGGCCGCUACAAGAUGACUUUCGCGGAAGCACAGCGCGCAUGCGCCGAGCAGGAUGGCAUUCUGGCGUCCGCAGAGCAGCUGCACGAGGCCUGGCGCGAUGGCCUGGACUGGUGCAAUGCGGGAUGGCUACGCGAUGGCUCCGUGCAGUAUCCCGUGAGCCAGGUCCGGGAGCCCUGUGGCGGAGCCGGGAGCACUGGAGCUAGUGGAGGCACCAACGGCGGUGUGCGCAACUACGGUUAUCGCCAUAACGCUGAGGAACGCUAUGAUGCCUUCUGCUUCACGUCCAACCUCCCUGGCCGCGUGUUCUUCCUGAAGCCUCUGCGGCCGGUGGCCUUGGCCGGGGCGGCUCGCGCCUGCGCGGCGCGGGGUGCAACCGUGGCCAAGGUCGGGCAGCUGUUCGCCGCGUGGAAGCUGCAACUGUUGGACCGCUGCACUGCAGGCUGGCUGGCCGAUGGCAGCGCUCGCUACCCCAUCGUGAAUCCGCGAAUUCGCUGCGGGGGACCUCGGCCCGGCGUGCGCAGCCUGGGUUUCCCCGACGCCUCCCGACGCCUCUUCGGCGUCUACUGCUACCGCGCUCCAGGUGCCCCAGACCCGGCUCCAGGAGGCUGGGGCUGGGGUUGGGCGGGCGGAGGAGGCUGGGCGGGAGGGUCGAGGGAUCCGGCUGCCUGGACUCCGCUGCGUGUCUAGGACCGUGAAGAUGGGCGUUUGGGGAUGUUGGUGGCUGAUCCAGGGGCCCUGCACACCCCCUGAAGACAGACUAUGCACCAGAGAUCCCUUGGAUACACGACACACCCCUGUGGUGCGCUGCAGGCUGACUCAGCUACCUGUGGUCUUUGGACACUGACCACACCUUCUGAGGUCUUCUGGAUACGUGAUGUACCUACCCUGCAGUGCGUUGCAGACUGACCCACUUGUUGAGGUCCUUGGUCGCUGACUAUGCCACCCUCUGAGAUAGCCUGAUAGUGGCCAAGCCUUCUUCUUUGGACAAUGGAUGUGCCAUCUUCCAGACUUUGUCUAGAAGAGCCAUGCUCUCUCCCAACCCCCAGGAUCCCAGUAGACCAGCAGGACCCCACGGUUUCCUAAAGAUGAACCACUCUUCUGUGGCCUCCUGGAAAACAGUCCCCUCACUCACCUGGAGGCUGGACCCCCAGGGUUAACUGGAGACUGGCCACACAAAGCCUCUGCAUUUCCCAGGAGCUGGAAAACUGGUCUUGGACAGUCAGCUGUCCACUGAGUUCUCCCCAUCACUUGGUGAAGAAACAGAAAACCGUGGGUCACAAGGUGACCAUGCCCUGUGCCGGCAGGUAACCCAGAGGCUGGGUAUUUCCACUCUUUCAGAGAGUCUAAGUUUCCAAGGUAAUUUCUUGUCCCUCGUCACUAUGGAGGACAGCCCCAACACCUCUGGCUUCAUGGGAGAAUGUCCCCAGUUGGUUCCCAGGAAUAGUGGCCAUGCCUACCCCUCAGGUAUCUCUCUGGCCAGAGAGUAGACUUGCCUGAAUGUCCCUUCCCAGGCUCCUUGAGGCUGUCACCAAAGAGAUUAUUCCCUCAAACCCGAAACCCCUAAAAAAAAUCUCACUUGCUGUAGAAACAUGCUGCUCUGCUUCUUAGAGUGCACCCACUAUAGGUCUCACCUAUUACCCCCACCGAAAUGGUACAUCCUCCCUUCCUCUGUAACCAUGGCUACCACACUUUUCCUUUCUCACUAGCCUAGAGCCCAGACACCCACCAUUCCUUUUCUGGCUGUCCCCAUCCUGAUGGACUACUAUGGAGACCAUCUUCCCCACUGAGUGUCCUCAGGGUGACCUAGCCUUCGUGUCUCCAGGCCUCUCCAUGGAAACAAGCCGCCCCUUUCCCAAGGUGCAUCUCUGCCUCUUCUCAGCUGUCCAAGCCCCACCCCCAGACAGCUUGUACCUCACAACUGUUGCCAUGGAGACCAAACUCUGGUGUCCAAGGUAACAGAACACCUGUCCCUCCAAGGCUUUCCCUCCAGGGUCCAGUCCUGCCCAGCUGUUGCCAUAGAGACCAUCAAUGUCUCCAUGACAACUGACCUGCAGCUCUCAGGAACUUCUUGCCAUGGGCAGAGUACCUCUGACUGCAGCCGCCUGCUGUGUUCCUCAGAUGGGCUCAGAUAAGGCUCUGCUUCUGGAGCAGCUGUCUGCAACAGCUCAUUUGCACGCUAACUCUAUGCCAGGCAGCAGCUGAGCACCAGCCACCACCGCAGCCCUUGCAGUGUUUGAAAUGAUCGCCCGACAGGUGAAGAGACAGGCUGUGGCACUGCGCAUGCCAGAGUUUUCCUUCCUUGGAGAUGAAGAAGGGUGGGAUGUGCCUGAAAACACCAAACCAUUUCGAAGGACCCAUGUGUGCUCCAGAGUCAGGACCAGCAUUCGCAGACUGUAGACAGACCAUCCCAGAUGCAGGAGCUCCCAGCUCCAAGGUGCUGCUUGGAGCAGCAAGUACCCUUGCUGGUGGCCCCCUGCCUGCCCCAUCUAUUUCUGCAAAAACCCAUCUCUGAGUCUGGAAGCCAGUGGCUGUGGGCUUUUGUUGUAAAAUGUGUGACCAAGUGAUAGAACUUAUCCAGGCUGUUUUCUGCUUUGAACCAGGAUUGUUCUGAGGUACCACAGUGCAGCCUGCAGCCUUGCAUUCAAUAAACCUUUGUUCCUUUUGAUGAAUGAGAAA